AUGUCGAGUCCCCCACCACACAAGAAGCAGAAGCAGACACUAGCCACCACGUCGCCCAAUACGGCCAACAAGGACGUGCCGGCGCCUCAGACGCCACUGGCGCCCAAGCCCAAUUCUGAGCCUCUUUUGAUGCCCGCAACUGAUCCCAGCAAUCCUCGAAAGCGUGGUCGAGCUUCUCCGAGUCCCAAGCUGAACACCUUGCCCCCAGCGACAGGUUUUAUACCAGAAUCGCCAUCGACCACGCCCAGCGUGCCCGGUGUUUCCAUCAAUGCCUUACUCAGUGAUGAGUCGGGCAAAAAGCGCGGUCGCACCAACACUCCAUGGACACCGCAGGAAGAACAACGCCUCAAGCAAAUGCGAGAUGCAGGUCAUAGUUGGAGUGAGAUUGCCAAAGCCUUUCCUGCGCGGACGGAAGGAAGUGUGAAGAAACAUUGGUACAAGGACAUGCACUACGCAGAGUUUGCAGAAGAUGAGUCCGCUGCCCUCCGUGAAGCUAUCAAAGAAUACGAUGCGAAUAAGUGGAAAGCUAUUGGGCAGAAGCUCGGCAAGCCAGCAAAGGCGUGCGAGCAGUAUGCGCGAGAGCAUUUCAGGAACGGAUGAGACCACGGUGGAUUAUCUCACAUGUUCUGAAGCGAAGGCGUUGGGUCGGACACCAAAGUGUAUUGUGCUAUCUCAGAUUACAGAACUGAUGGUUUUUUCCCCCUCGCAUUGGAAGAUACUCUACUAUGUCUUGUGUGUCGGAUACCAGAAUGCAUGGGAGGAGCGCUGGAUAUGUUCACCACCUGGUCAGGGAUUGGGUUUGCUCGCAGUAAUUAACGCUUUUGGAUCUGGGACAUGGUGAGGCUGAAUAAUGUGGCCUUUUCCGAAUAACGAUUUC